AUGCAAUUAUGGGCAAGUGAUAAAGGCAUUAAUCCUGAUGCUAGUAUACUAAACCAGCAAGAACGGCAAAUGAUUCAACAUGAAAUUGACAACUGGCAGGAUGGACAUGCUACUAAACUACUCUUGCAUAUUCGUGAAACGGUUUUCAAAAGAGUUGAAACAUCUAAAAUGAAAGCGGACCGAAAUACACUGAUUACGCGACUAGAUGCUCAACAUUUUUCAAAAGACGAACAAGAGCGAAUCAAUUUGUAUAUCAACUUGCAUAUAAAAAUGCAAGAAGUGAUAACAGAAGUUGAAAAACUCGAAGCACGAACAAGAAUGAAAGCACCACCACCAUCGUUAAAACGUCUCGAUAUAUCAAUGAAAACAAGUCUACCACUAGACACUGCCGAGUUGACAACCAUACAAAACGAAUGGGAUACAGCGAUUCUGAGUGCUAAAACAACAUUACAAAAAUGUCUAAUAGCACUCAAAAAGCUUGAACAUACAAAAAUAGAUGAACAGAUGAAUAAAAUGUGGAAUGAUGAAGAAAUCAUUCCUGAACACUGUCGUGCUCUCGUCACCAAAAUUAUUGAGAUUGAUGAGAGAUUAGCAACGUUUGAUAGAAAAAUUUCGAUCCAUUUUUUAUUAUCAAAACACGCAAAAGCCGCACACGAUUAG